AUAUGUAGGCCAUCAUCUUCAAGCCAGUUCUCGGAGAGAAACAGUCAGUUGAUGAGCAGUGGUGCUGUGUUGUUAGGAGUGGUGCAGACUCAGACUGUAUGGGAGAUGGUUGGUCUUGAAGAGAUCAGCCAGCGCCUUCGGAAUUUCAAAUCACCACCAUAAAAACAACUCACUCUCUGCCCCCAGCCAACAACAAACAAACCAACAAAAACCAACAAAACAACAAACAACAUGCUCAGGACUUCACCAAGCAAUUCCAAGAGGAACUCAUCCUACUUCAGAUCAAACUCACCACCAACACUACCAGGCUACAACAACAACUCAAACUCACACAGGAGGAGGAAACUAAGCAGACUCAUCCCAACUCACUCAGCCUCAAUCAGACCGAUCAUCCUACUCAUCCUACUCAUCCUACUCAUCUACUGGGCAUCCAACACACUCCUCAUCCUCUUCAGAUUCAAGAUCGCAGACGGACUACUCUCGGCUGGCUGGAUCGGAAUCGGACUCAAGAUACGAAAACCUCCGCUCAUCUUCAUCCACUCAUCACAAUCAGCAGCCGUCGUAUGGGAGUCAAACAAGAUGGCAAGCUCAUCCGGCCACCAACUAGGACUGAGGUACUGGGCCAUCGGACAGGGCUACAAGAAUCAGACCGCCUCCCCAAGCUCAACCCAAGAACGACUACUCAAACUGACCACCGGCAAGAUCGCUACGAACAUCAGAAGGACCAGACCAGAGGGCGACAACGGAUGGAGGAGAUGGGUACACACUGCCCUACUCGAAGAACUAGAACCGGGCACCACCUACGUCUAUGAGAUCGUCCUACUCAACAGUCACUUCAACAACAACAAUCAACAUCAUGAUACUAAUAACCAAUUCGAGAUGAUCAAGAAGACCUACUCCAAGCAUCGAUUCACCUGGCAUGGCAUCGACCCAAUCGACCUCAACCACGGCCACCAUCGAAUCUCUGAAACCUCAGCCACCUCGAGAUCCCCGAGCGACGUACUACACAUCGUCGUCAUUGGGGAUAACCAGUUUGCAGUCAAGACCUUCAGGAAGCUCGUCAAACGAUUCAUCAACAUCAAAGCCUAUCUGCCCUCACCCAAGUCCAUCUUCUCGCCCCGCCAACUCAUCAACCAUCCCCUGCCGAUCCCAAACAAACCCAACAUGAUCUUCCAUCUGGGCGAUGCCGUCCAGGAUGCACACAACCUCAAACAAUGGCAGACCGACUUCUGGGACCCACUCACGUUCAAGAACAAGCUCGCCUCCGAGAUCCCGAUCGUCUAUGCCAAGGGGAACCACGACUUUGAUAACUCGGGCCACAACUUAUACUCCGGCGGACUGCCCAAGGUCCAGAUCGGAGAGAUGAACCGGACCCAGACCGCCAACCUGAACUCGAACUCUCCUUUAGAGAUCCCUGGGAUUGCAGAGGCAGAUAAGAGUUAUACGACCUUCACCGCACACGAACGGGACCCUCAAGCUAGAGGGACCUACUUUGCGUACUCCCCUCAUCCGAGAGUUCGAGUCAUCGUCUGCGACUCCAACCUCGAACCCACCAGGAAACUCUCCCCGCAAUCCUCCCUCUCCGAGGUCGACGAACACGAACGCUGGCUGCUCUGGGAAAUGGCUCGCCCCGAAUGGAAGGAGGCUAGUAUCAGAAUCAUCCUCGUUCAUGUCCCCCCCUUUAUCGAGUUCUGGGAGAAACAGAUGUGGAAUCAGGGCCAUGAAUCGGCUUGGGGAUCAUACGUUCGAACUCGAUUUGCACCACACUUUCAUGGCUUAUCACCUCUGACCUCAAGAUACGAUAUUCCACCAGCCUCGAUGGUGAUUUCGGGACAUUCGCACAUGUAUGCACGGGGGAUGUUGAGCAACUUUGUAGCGGGGCAAUACUUUGGGGAGACGAACUCAGCGGGGAUCCCAGUCGAGCUAAAGAAGAUGGCGCGGACGCAGAACAAGCAGGUGUAUGAUCCGGUGAACCCACAGAUGGACCAUGGGGUGGUCUAUGUGAUCAGCGGCGGGGCGGGGGGCGUGUUGGAUUCGGAGCGGGUCGAGGAGUGGGGGUUCUACGAACGCACCGUCCUCGGCCAGUUCCACUUCAACCAUCUCCAGCUCGACAUGUCUCAGACGCUCUCCUCGGUCGAAGAGUGGAACCAAGACUGGGACGAUUCGCGCAACAAACGCAGAGCAUUCAAGGAGAAGAAGGUCCGGGUCUACAAGCUCAUCGGCAGUCAAUUGGUCUGUCAAGGCCCCACCGAUCUCCGUCAUUCUUCGGAUGAUGAUCCUCAGCACAAGAAUUCCCAGGUCUGGGAGGCCGGUCAUUACUCCGCUACCGAUCGCUUGGUCUGGUCUACCCGGGCAAGCGACGGCAGGUUGCUCGAUCGAUUCGUCAUCGAGGCCGACUCGUGUCGUUAAUCUUCACUCCGGUUCAUCCCUUCUUUGGUUCCCUUCACAACUUGCUCAUAUCUCUUUCACUCAAAAAAAUACACUUUGGCUCUCUCUUUCUUAUGCACAUAUAUAUAUCCGCAACAAAAAAGAAAGCAAUCUAUCUUUCAACCCCCCCCCCUACAUCUAUAUUCCGUAAAAAUAGCAACAAAACAUCUCCCUCUCUCUCUCGACAGUUGUCAGAAUUAAACAGGAUCAUCUUGAUGUAAAUAAACCACCGUUUCCCUCUUUUUUCCUUGUUUUUUUUUUCCUUACAUCGUUAUACAUAUGUCAUCCGACUUCUUUUUUGUUUGUUUGUGUAAACUGUACAUACGUUACAAGGAUAUCGGUAUAUGUGAAUGCAAGAAAUAGGCUUGGUUAGGAAGUGUUUAUGAAGAAAGAGAUUGGGGAUCACAAGUG